AUGAGCGACCAGCCCAACUCCACAGAAGACCAACAGAAAGAAGCGCUGGCAGCCUUCACAGCAACGCUCCACUCUGUGGGCACGAAUCUCGAGGCGCCACUUCGCGACCGCGCAGCAAAUAUCCAAUCCAAUGCCGCAGCGCUAGAGAGACAAGAAGCCGACUUGGCGGAGAACACGGCGCGUUUGGCGCGGCAGAAUGAGCAGUGGGCUGGGUUUGCCGAUGAGACGCGCGAUGGUUUGAAGGAGAUUGGAGAUGUGCAGAACUGGGCGGAAAUCCUUGAGCGGGAUUUGUUGGCUUUGGAGGAUAUGAUGGAUGAUGUUGAGAAGAAGAGCAGGGAGGAGGAUGACCUUGAGGGUGCGAACAGGCAUGGAAAUGAAAUUGAAAUUGUGGGUCAGAAUGGGCAUGUUGAUGAUGAAAUUGACCAUGGAAAGAAGCCCCAGUCGAGAGGCUGGUUUCGAUGGUGGUGA